AUGGAGGGUGUGGUACGGGUGCUGUCCCGUCUGUCCCACCUCGGACAAGAGCUGCAGGCCACGGGACUCAGCGAGGAUGGCGUAACAACAGCUCUCAGCUCCUACAUGAGCGAUAAUUUGCUCGAAACUCCACCAUAUUGGGUGGCAAGCGCGGGCGAGGCGCUGUGGGCGAGGUUGCAGGAGGCUGGUGCCGGGCUGCCCCACAUCUCCCGAGCCCUGGCUGCCAUCAUCACACACAGCAGCCACGACCAUGCAGUCGGUGCCGUGGAGCUGUGUUUCGGCCUUUUGGCCGUCGACAAGUGCCCGACGCGGGGCAUCUUUGAUCGCGUGCUGUGCUCUUCCUACCUUGGAUGGCUGCGGGGCGUCCAGAGCUCUGGCCCGACAGCCAAGAAGCGUGCCGGGCGGAAGGGGAAGAAGGCGGCGGCGCUGGACACCGACGAGGAUGAGGCAAUGGACGUCGACCAGGAGCACCCAUCCCCCCUGGCCUCCAGCCUGGCUGGCUUCGCCGGCAGCCUGCGCACCCUCGGCCUGGCUGACCAGCCAGAUGUCGUCCAGGACGCCGCCUCGACCUGCGUCGACUUGAUCUGCAAGGGCGGGGCCUCGGACCCCCAGGAGGUGUCGGCGGCCUACGGCGUCCUGCUCUCCUUGCUCCAGCCCAUCCACGGAAACCCCAGGGACCUGUGCGCCAUGGUGUUCCGGCACCUGGCGUCGGGCCUGGCGGCCAUGGGGGGAGGCGGCGGGAAGGUGGCCCGCGCCGAGGUCUGCCACCAGCUCAUCGCCUUUGCCAGCAGCGCUCUGGGGUACGGGCCUAGGCAGAGCCCCAGCGCAGCGACGGAGUCGGUGGCGGCCCUGGCCCGCGCGGUGGUGCUGCGCGCCGCAGACCGCGCCGACGCGCGCACCGCUGCCGUGGAGCUGGCCAUGGGCCUGCUGGGCCUGCUGGGCCCCGCCGAGGGCGAGGCCUUUGUCGUCUUCACCGCGCGCCUGUCGCGCACGCCCAAGGCAUGUUUGUUCAUUUGUGUUUUGUUUUAUCGACUUGGACCCACUCCCGCUUUCCCCCAAAUGCAGUCCCUCUUCCUCCGCGCGCUGUCGCUGGCGCACGAGGUGCGGCUGCAGCGCCAGGACGAGGUGGUGGGCCGCACGCCCGCGAGCGACGCCGCCGCCCUGCGCGGCGUCUGGCUGCUCAUCUCCAAGCUCGCGGAGCAUGGGGUGGCAGAGCUGCCCUGGGACUUCCUGCACCACGCCUGGCUGGCACUGACCGCCGCCGGGGAGUCUGCCCCUGCCGGCGUGGCCCCGUCGUUGCUGGAGGCGGUGGCGCACGCGGCGGGCGGUUUCCCCCCCGCCGAGGCCGCGCGCCUGGCGGCCGACCUCCUCCGCGCCCUGCUCGCCUUCACUCUGGCCCCCGACGCCGCGGCGGCGCACGUGGCCGCCCUGGCGCGACUGUCGGGCCCGGACGCGGCCUGGGCGCCGCGGCUGGCGGCCGCCACGCGGGAUGAGCUGGCCGCCUACGUCGACGGCCUCGGGUCCGCGCGGGGUUCGCCGGGGUCGAAUGCGCCGGGGGAACUCGGGCCGGCGCACGCGAGGGCGGCCGCCGCGCUGUUCCUGGCGGGCGAGCUGGCUCUGGCGGGGCAGGGUGGGGGGACCACGGGCGCCAGGCUGCUGACCCUGGUGCAGACCCUGGCCUCCGACAAGGCGCACGCCUGGACGGCGCUGGGCAAGAUGUGCCUGAUGGACGAGGCGCUUGCCAAGCUGUGCGUGCCCCUGUUCGUGCAGCAGCUACGCUCCGCGGCGGCGCCGGCGGUGCGCAACAACAUCAUGGUGGCGCUGGCGGACCUGGUGGUCCAGUUCACCGCCCUGGUGGACGCCCACGUCCCGGCCCUGGCGGCCUGCAUCACGGACGACAACGAGGUCGUGCGCUCCCAGUCCCUGGCGCUGCUGGCCAACCUGCUGCAGAAGGAUUACGUCAAGUGGCGCGGGCCCCUGUUCCACCGCUUCCUCCUGGCGUUGGUGGACGAGUCCCCCGCCGUCGCGCGCAUGGCAGAGUACCUGCUGGGCGACGCGCUUUCCAGCCAGGCGCCCAACCUGGCGUACAACCACUUUGUGGAGUCGUUCUUCGUCCUGAACGCAUGCCGGGAGGGCCCUGGCGCGGGCGCGGCCCUCAUGCGCAAGCACCUGGCCGAGAGCGUGGUGCCCGUGGUCAUCGACCUGCGGCGCGUGCUGGAGAGCGCGCGCAGCCCGCUGCUGGCGGACCUCAUGCUCUGCGCCCGCGUCAUGCUCAAGGACCACAAGGACGAGGCGCGCGGGGGCGAUGGUGGGGGUGGGUCACUCGUGCAUAUCGAGGACAUCCUGGUGGCCGACCGCCAGCUGGCCAAGGAGCUGCUGUACGACAUGCGCCAGGCCGAGCUGGCUGCCACCAAGGUGGGCGGGCCCUGCCUGUGUUGCCACAAGACACCUGCCCCUGGCACGGCAGUGAGGCUGCUAUCGCGCCUGGGCCGCUCAGACGGAUCGCACUGCUCCUCCGGGGCUCGCGCCUCCGGCAUGACUCCCGGAACAGAACCUCGGCUAGCCAGGGCAGCAAGGGAGAAGCAAAUCAUUGUCAAGGACGAGCCGGAGGUGGUGCAGGCGGAGGAGCAAAUGCUGGCGCUCAGUCUGCCGGGGGUCGCGGGGACCCCUUUGCGACAGUGGAAUCCCACUUUGGCGGAGGAGAUGCACCCCGGCGGGGCCGCCGGUGGGGGUCCCAAAGUUUGCAUGGAAGGCCCGGGCACGGACAGGGUCAAAGGCGGUGCCCGCAAGCGGGGGGUGGGCGGGUAA